AUGGGAGGUAGAGUAACCCUCAUAAAUUCGGUUUUAGCUAAUCUCCCUAUCCAUUACUUGGCUUUCUUCAAGGCUCCCCAUAAAAUUCUGAAGGAUAUUAUUGCGAUCCAACGUCGGUUCUUAUGGGCUGGAAAAUCAAGCAAAAGAUUUAUUCCUUGGGUUUCUUGGAAUUUUGUUUGUAAAUCUAAGGAACUUGGCGGUCUUGGAAUUAAGCAUGUGGGUCGGUUCAAUAGUGCCUUGUUGGCAAAAUGGCUUUGGAGGUUCCAAACUGGCGGUAAUGAAAUUUGGAGGAAGUCCCUCACUAACAGAUACGGUAACCUCAGUAUCAAGACGCAAACUUACUUCGACGUUGAUAAUUUGAAAUCUGACUCGCUGUGUAUGAAGGAUGUUAUGACCAACGCGUCCCUCAAUUCUCAUGUCAACUUCUGCAAUUUCACGACCUGCUCCGUUGGUGAAGGUAACGACGUCGCGUUCUGGCAGUCAAUUUGGAAUGGUGAUCUGCUGUUUAAAGUCAUAUUUAACGGGCUAUUUCAGAGUUGUUCUACGAAGUCAGCGACCGUUCGUGAAAUGGGAUUCUGGGAGGAAGGGCAGUGGACUUGA